CAUGUGACUUUGUUUUGGAGUUCUUUCUACCCUCAGACUGCAGAAAUCCUGAAGAACAUAGAAAAAUGCUUACUUCGUUGUCCAUUAUCAUACAAAAUGUUUGCCGGACUUUAAGGGUUGUGACAGAUAAAGAGUUGCAGGAAGAAGCUGUUUCUAUAGGCGAAGCGGCAAACCCCUCAUUUAUUAGAUCCAAUAAAGAGCAGACUGAAACUUCUCAAGAAAGGACAUCGUGGACCUCUUGUGACGCAGAGUUCCAGGAGAGUUCUACUGUUGUUUCUGCAUUCCAUGAUGAGAAACCAGACGAAAUGCUAAGGAAAGAACCUGUGGAGUUUAGGCACCAUAAUGAUUCUGAUUAUGGGAUGGAUUUUGCCUUAAAUGAAAACCAUUGUGCUUCUGGGGAGGGUGUCUCUCGUAAUGGUAAAAAGGGAGACAGGAGACGCACAAAGGCUGAGAAGACUAUUACCUUGGAAAUUCUUCAGCAAUAUUUUGCCGGUAGCUUAAAAGAUGCUGCGAAGAGCAUUGGAGUUUGUCCUACCACUCUGAAGAGGAUAUGCAGGCAGCAUGGAAUUAAACGCUGGCCUUCUCGAAAGAUCAAGAAGGUUGGUCACUCCUUACAAAAGAUCCAACGUGUUAUUGAUUCAGUUCAGGGUGCCUCUGGCUCUUUACAAAUUGAAUCCUUCUAUUCAAACUUCCCAGAGUUAGCAUCUCCAAAUGUAUCAAGAUUGAGCCCUUUUGCAAACUCAAAGUCAAAUGAACAUCCAAAGGCCUUGAAUGCGCAACAAGAAGGAUGCGUUAUGAGCCCCCAUGCUGCUGCAUCUAAGUCACCCUCCUCUUCUUGUAGUCGAAGUUCCAGUUCAAGUCAAUGUUGUUCAUCUGGUACAAAGCCACAAUCUUCCCCUUUGAGUAUUGCUGGUAAUGACGAUCCAAUUGUCCAGGAAGAGUCUGUUGAUAACGCAGUGAAAAGGGUUAAAAGUGAACCAGAGCUUCAUUUAUCAAGUGAAACACUGAAGAUUUUACCAAGAUCGCAAAGCCAUGCAUGUGUUGCUGAGAAUCCUAAAUCAGAAAGCCUUCUAGUGAAGAAGGGUCCUUUGAGAUCUCAAGAAGAAGCUCCACGAGUAAAAGUGACACAUGGAGAAGAAAAGAUUAGGUUCCGGAUGCAAAACAGUUGGAGAUACAGUGAACUGUUGAGAGAAAUUACUAGGCGCUUUGGCAUAGACGAUCCCAGUGGACUUCAACUCAAGUACAUGGAUGAUGACUCUGAGUGGGUUUUACUGACAUGCGACGCAGAUCUGGAAGAAUGUCUUGACGUUUGCAUGUCUUCCCAAAAUCAAAUGAUCAAGCUCAUUUUAGUUCGUGAUUCGCAGCAUCAUAUUGGAAGCUCUUUCGGUAGCAGCAGUCCCAUAUUAGUGCAGUAGAGAAGUGGUGUAGCUCUAGUUGCAAUUAGAUGCCAAAAUGAACAUAGUUUCCUCUUUUAGGAUUAGAUCUGAAAUGUUGAUUGCUACACAUAGUAGAUUCACUCUAUUUGAGUUUCAUGUAAGUCAAUCCUUUUGACUAUUACAAAUGUAUUAAGCCAUAAGGCAGUAAUUAUUUCAUUAUGCAUGGGAAGGGCAUUCAGUUUUAUUACAAAGGUUAUAUGUAAGAUUCUCCUCAAGUUGAACUCUCUAAUGAAGAAAUGAAAGGGUUUGAUUAA